AUGAGGAGCUUGAGUUUACUCGCAGGCUGCGCUGCAGCGCUGCUCUCCUUCGCAAACGCCGAGGCCAACCUCAGCAACCCUGAUGUCUCGAAGCAGAUGCUGAGCGGCAUCUUCGAGCCUCCCCAGGUCUUCCAGCACACCAACCUUGUACGAACCGUCAACCUGGAGAAGGAAUAUCCUCGCGAAACCAUCAAUGUCGUUGUUGAGAACAUCGACUCCAAGCCUCAGCAGGACUACUACUUGCCUUUCCCUCAGGAUCUGAUUGCCAGAGUCGGCGGCCUGGACGUCAAGGACAAGAACAAGCCCGAUGCCAUCUUCCCUAGCCCGGAGAUUGUCGGCAUUGACACUUACAGCCCCAUCGAGUACUACCGCGUCAAGUUACCCUCCCCUUUGGCACCCAAGGAGAAGCUCACCCUGUCUAUCACCUACUCGAUCCUGUCCGCUUUGAGCCCUCUGCCUGCCACCAUCAACCAAGCCGACAAGCAAUACGUUCAGAUCACUCUCAAUGCCUACACAAACUCGGCCUACAAGACCAUCAAGCAAAAGACCAAGCUCAAGAUGCCCACCAGCGACGUUCCCGAGUAUACUGUUGUCGGUAACAACGCCGAGGGCCAAGAAGACCCCGUCAAGCAGGGCGUUACCUUUACCUACGGUCCCUACGGCGAGGUUCCCGCCGGUGCCAACCAGCCCGUCUCGUUGAGAUACGAGUUCACCAAGCCUCUGCUGCAUGCCACUCUUGUCGAGCGUGAUAUCGAAGUCAGUCACUGGGGAGGCAACAUCGCAACCGAGGAGCGCUACUGGCUCGAGAACAGAGGUGCUGCCCUGAAGAAGCAGUUCUCGCGUGUUCAAUGGCAACAGACUCAAUACUUCAACCCUCCUACCUCGGCUCUCAAGGAACUCGAGUACCCCCUCAUCAUUGGAAGCGCAAACCCCUACUUCAUUGACGACAUCGGUAACGUCAGCACUUCCCGCUUCCGUCCCAGAAACACUCCCAAGGAAGCCUUGCUCCAGCUCAAGCCCCGUUACCCAGUCUUUGGUGGCUGGAAGUACAGCUUCAAGGUCGGUUGGGACAACGACCUCAAGAGCUUCUUGCGCAAGCUCAAGACUGGUGAUGGUUACAUUCUCAAGGUGCCUUUCCUUGAGGGUCCUAAGCAGUCCGAGGGCCUAGAGAUUGAGAAGUUGACUGUCAGAAUUGUCCUCCCUGAGGGCGCAACCAACAUCAAAUUUGAGACCAAGGUUCCCAUCAUCUCGUCCGAGGUCAGCACACACCGUACUUUCAUGGACACCGUAGGCCGCUCGACGCUCAAGCUCACUGCCCUGAACGUCGUCGACGACUUCCGCGGCAAGGAUCUCGUCGUGACUUAUGACUACCCCUUCCUCGCCGGCUUCAGGAAGCCCAUUGUCAUCUUCAGCUCCCUCAUGGGCACUUUCGGUGUCGCAUAUCUCAUUAGCAGACUCGAUGUCAGCAUCGGCAGAAAAGCGUAG